AUGACUACCGGAGAAAAAGACAAGAAAUACGCCACAAAGGGCCUCCCACCUCCCCCAGAUGUCUCUGUAACCACCAUGCCCAUGGCCGGUCUCCUGGUCGACGUCUACGGCCUACAAGAGCUUCCCGCGUCAGCAGCACCGACAACAUGCCUGUGGCUUCUUCACCCCCGGACACGGAAUAGGGCUGCUAUGAAUGAUAUUGCCAGGCGCGCAGUCCACUCCUGGAACCAGAAGGGUCAGGCAAGAGGGCUCGUGGCCUUGGCCUUUGACAUGCCCAACCACGGCACGAGAAUGGUGAGCGCAAAGGCCAACCUGGCGUGGGAUGAGGGCGAGGGCAAUGAGAAUCAUGGCAUCGACAUGUUUGGUCUGGUCAAGGGCGGGAUGAGGACCAUGAGCGGGUUGAUGGACCAGGUGGGAAGCUAUCUCGGGAGAAAAGUCGAUGCACAUGUGUGUCUGGGAUGGAGCCUGGGAGGGCAUGCGGUGUGGCAGGCGUGGUUUGGAGAGGAGAGGAUUGAUGCUGCAGUGGCGAUUGUGGGGUGUCCGGAUCUCAUGAACAUGAUGGCUAGUCGAGCCGAGCUGUCCAAGCUGGACUGUGGCGGAACUGGCUUCCUGGGGAGCAAAUACUUCCCUGCUGACUCCGUCGCCACGGCUCGCAGAUUCGAUCCCAAGGGUACCCUAUUCGGGACCGACGUCAUUCCUGCUCUGCCGCUCUCCUCGGCUGAACAGGAUCGCCUUCGCAGCAUCCUUGACAGCCGUGUCCGGGGCAAGAAGCUGCUUUUGUGCUCAGGAGGCGCUGAUGAGCUGGUGCCGUAUUCCAAGGGGGAGGCUUUCAUCAGGCUGUUGAAGGAUGCGGCGGGUGGAUGGUAUGCCGAUGGGGGCGUUGAGGUUGAUGAUAGAGUGUAUGAGGGCGUGGGACACAGAUUUGCGGCGGACAUGGUGACUGAUGCGGUUGCGUUUUUGAUGAGGGCGGUGGCGGAGGGGCCGAGGAGGAAGAGGGAAGCUGAGAGUAGAGCGAGGAUGUAG